AAGUCGCUUCUCCAAAAAAGUGCUCCUUCCAAUCCUCUAUCUCUGUCUGUCUAUUGAGUGAUCUCUGUACAAUAUCUCUAUACUACGACUCGGGUGCUUUUGCCAAAAAAAAAUUAAAGUUCUAAUUUUUUGAAUAAAAAAAAAAUGGAUACACUUUUCGUGAGUAAGAGAAUUUUUGUGGAUGGUGAGCUCAUUGAAGGUGCUAUCCUUGUUUCGGAUCAAGGUAAAAUUACUGAUAUUUUUACAAAGCCAGGACAAGUAAAUUCCUGGAUUUAUCAAAAUGGAUCAGGAGAGAUUGUGGAUUACGGUGACCUAAUCAUUAUGCCUGGCCUAGUUGACUCUCAUGUGCACAUCAAUGAGCCCGGAAGAUCAGAAUGGGAAGGAUUUGCAACAGCUACAAAAGCAGCAGCAGCCGGUGGUUUCACGACAAUUGCUGAUAUGCCAUUAAAUUCAAUCCCACCCACAACAACAGUUGAAAACCUCAAGGCUAAGACAAGUGUUGCUCAUGGGAAAGUCUUUGUUGAUGUAGCCUUCUGGGGUGGAUUAAUUCCCGGCAAUGCUUCGAGUCUUUUGCCACUCGUGCAGAACGGUGUGAUUGGUUUCAAGUGCUUCCUCUGCCCCAGUGGUGUCCCUGAAUUUCCGCAUGUGGAUGAGGAACAAGUUGAGGAAGCACUCAAAAUCCUCGAAGGCACUCAGAGUCUUCUAGCUUUCCAUGCUGAGGUGGAAUGUCCAUCACACGGUAGCACCGUAAAUGAAGCAGAUAAUCCCAGAAAGUACACCACAUACCUCAAUUCUAGACCAUCCGAAAUGGAAAUAAAGGCUAUCGAUAUGGUUACCAGACUUACAGCAAAAUACAACGUGCGCACACACAUUGUUCAUCUCUCAUCUGCCCAGUCACUUCCAAUGAUAAAUGUGGCCCGAAUGAAUGGCGCCAGGCUAACUGUGGAGACAUGCCAUCACUACCUCACCCUCUCCGCCGAAGAAGUCCCCGAUGCACAUACGGAAUAUAAAUGCGCACCACCCAUUCGUUCAGCUGAGAAUCGCCAAAAGCUCUGGGAUGCAAUUAGAUCUGGUGAGAUUGAUAUGGUGGUGUCUGAUCACUCACCAAGUACACCUGGAAUUAAACUUCUCACCUACGGGAAGACACGUGGUGAUUUUAUGCGUGCAUGGGGUGGAAUAUCAUCCGUACAAUUUGGUUUAUCACUCUUCUGGACCCAUUGUCAAAGUGAGGGAUUCACCCUUGCAGACGUUCAUCGACUUCUAUGCCAGGAACCAGCGAAAUUACUCGGUAUUGAUGGGUAUAAAGGAAGAAUUGCCAUUGGCUAUGAUGCGGAUCUCUGCGUUUGGGAUCCAGAUGCAUCCUUCAGCAUUACCAGCGAUAUAAUUCACUUUCAGAACAAGGCAAAUCCCUACAUGGGUAGAGUGGUCCGUGGGAAGGUCCAUGCGACUAUUCUAAGGGGUCAAGUUGUCUUUCAGGAUGGUGAAAGAUUUACCAAUCCAAUGGGAAAAUUAAUUCUCAAGAAAACCGCAAAAAGGGCUGUUCAGUUUCAAUAAAAAUGUGAUUGGGGAGAACAGGGUAGAAUAAAAACUUCAAGUUGCUUCCGUAAUUAAAAUUUUUUUGGGCAUCUUUCCAUGGUCAUUCGUGUGAUUUGUAAAAUAAAGUGAUGAUUUACAAAGGAAAAAAA